AUGGUUGGGAACCCUGCAAUCAAUGUCUCAUCAUUGCCAACUUCUGUUUCUUCAUGUAUGAUGAUUUCUCUACCAGGCAACUCAUUGAAGUUUGCGCCUUUGUCGAUUCGAAAUCGGAAGAAAAUCAACAAGAUUAGAGCUACAUCUGCUGAUGGAGGUAAUGUCAAACAGACAUAUAAUUCAGAAGCAAAGAAUCCUCUUGCAGUUGUGUUUGACAUUCCUCGACGGAUUUGGAAGCAAACGCUGUGUCCAUUAAGUGAUUUCGGGUUUGGUCGCAAGAGUGUUUGGGAAGGUGGUGUUGGACUGUUUUUGGUUUCUGGUACGAUACUAUUUGUGCUUAGUAUGGCUUGGUUAAGGGCGUUUCAAAUAAAUUCUAAAUUCAGGAAGUAUACUGCGGUUUUCGAGUUUGCUCAGGCUUCUGGUAUAAGCACUGGAACGCCUGUGAGAAUCAGAGGGGUCACUGUAGGCAAUGUCACUCGCGUGAAUCCUUCCUUGAGAAGUAUUGAAGCGGUUGUUGAGAUACAAGAUGAUAAAACAAUUAUACCAAGGAACUCGUUUGUUGAGGUAAACCAGUCCGGUCUUCUGAUGGAAACUAAAAUUGACAUCAAUCCUCGAGAUCCAAUUCCAACACCUUCAGUUGGUCCUCUUCACGAAGAAUGUGCUAAAGAAGGUCUCAUUGUGUGUGAUAGAGAAAAGAUCAAGGGUCACCAAGGAGUAAGUUUGGACGAAAUGGUAGGAAUAUACACCCGUCUUGGACGAGAUGUUGAGGGAAUUGGUGUCGUCAACAGUUAUGCGUUGGCUGAACGUGUUUUCGCUGUUAUGGAAGAAGCAAGACCACUUCUUACACAGAUGAAAGCCAUGGCUCUAGAUGUUCAACCUUUGUUGGCUGAAAUUCGUGAUAGCGGCCUGUUGAAGGAAGUUGAAUGUUUGACCCAAAGCCUUACCCAAGCUUCUAAUGAUUUGAGAAAGGUGCAAUCAUCUAUUAUGACCCCUGAGAACACUGAACUGAUCCAUAAGUCUGUACACACACUUAUAUUUACCUUGAAGAACAUCGAGAAUAUCACCUCUGAUAUGUUAGGUUUUACUGGUGAUGAAAGUACCAAAAAGAGUUUGAAAGUACUUAUCAAGAAUCUCAGCAGGUUAUUGUGA